GGUUGCAGAAGGUAAACGCCACCCCCACUGUCAUCUCUCUCUCUCUCUCUACGCAGCCCUUGAAAAAACUUCCCGUACCUCUUCAAUCUCCAGCUUCGUUACUCCAUCAUUUCUCUCUCCUCAACUUUUGUCGGCAACAAUGGGCGCUUCGCUUCCUCCCAAAGAGGCCAACCUCUUCAAACUCAUAGUCAAAUCAUAUGAAACCAAACAAUAUAAGAAGGGCUUGAAGGCGGCAGAUGCUAUAUUGAAGAAGUUUCCAGAUCAUGGAGAAACUUUGUCAAUGAAGGGGUUGACAUUAAAUUGCAUGGAUCGAAAAGCAGAAGCAUAUGAACUUGUUCGGCUUGGACUAAAGAAUGACCUCAAGAGUCAUGUUUGCUGGCAUGUUUAUGGUCUCUUGUACCGAUCAGAUAGGGAAUACAGGGAGGCAAUUAAAUGUUAUCGCAAUGCCCUAAAAAUUGAUGCAGACAACAUUGAAAUACUGCGAGACUUGUCACUCUUACAGGCACAAAUGCGUGACUUGGCAGGUUUUGUUGAAACAAGGCAACAAUUGUUGACUCUGAAACCAAAUCAUCGCAUGAAUUGGAUCGGAUUUGCUGUUUCCCACCAUUUGAAUUCAAAUGCUUCAAAAGCAAUUGAUAUCCUUGACGCAUAUGAAGGGACACUUGAUGACGAUUACCCUCCAGAUAAUGAACGUUGUGAGCAUGGGGAAAUGCUGUUAUACAAGAUUUCUUUAAUGGAAGAAUGUGGUCUUCUUGAGAAAGCUCUUGAGGAGUUGCACAAGAAAGAGUCUAAAAUUUUUGAUAAACUAUCCUACAAGGAACAGGAAGUUUCGCUCCUUGUGAAGGUUGGUCACGUAGAAGAAGGUGAAAAGUUGUGGAGAAUGCUGCUUUCCAUGAACCCGGACAAUUACUGUUAUUAUGAAGGACUACAGAAGUGUGUGGGUCUACUAUCAGAAAGUCACCAGUACUCAUCUGACGAAAUUGAUCAGUUGGAUGCCUUGUACAAAUCGCUUGGGCAGCAAUACAGUCGGUCAUCUGCUGUAAAGAGAAUACCUCUUGAUUUUUUAAAUGGCAAAAAGUUCCAGGAGGCAGCACAUAAUUACGUUAGGCCUCUCCUGAUGAAGGGAGUUCCUUCAUUAUUCUCCGAUCUCUCUCCUUUGUAUGAUCAUCCUGGAAAGGCAGACAUUCUAGAGCAACUGAUUCUUGAGUUGGAGCAUUCAAUUAAGACUACUGGUGGAUACCCUGGGAGGACAGAGAAGGAGCCCCCUUCGACUCAGUUGUGGAUUUUGUUCUAUUUGGCUCAGCAUUAUGACAGGCGGGGCCAAUAUGAUAUUGCUUUAGAGAAAAUUGAUGAGGCUAUUGAACACACUCCAACUGUGAUUGAUUUAUACUCAGUCAAGGGCCGGAUAUUGAAACAUGCUGGUGACUUGGUAGCUGCUGCUGCACUGGCAGAUGAAGCUAGGUGUAUGGAUCUUGCGGAUCGCUAUGUAAAUAGUGAAUGUGUUAAGCGUAUGCUGGAGGCUGAUCAGGUGGCAUUAGCAGAGAAGACAGCUGUUUUGUUCACAAAAGAAGGAGAACAACACAACAACCUUCAUGAUAUGCAGUGUAUGUGGUAUGAACUUGCUUCUGGAGAAAGUUACUUCCGCCAAGGUGACCUUGGACGAGCUUUGAAAAAAUUCUUAGCUGUGGAGAAGCAUUAUGCAGAUAUAACUGAAGACCAAUUUGAUUUCCACUCUUAUUGCUUAAGAAAGAUGACUCUACGAACCUACGUAGAAAUGCUGAAAUUUCAAGAUAGACUGCAUUCACAUGAAUAUUUUCGCAAAGCAGCAGCUGGAGCUAUCAGGUGCUAUAUAAAACUUUAUGAUUCACCUCCAAAGUCAUCAGCUGAAGAAGAUGAUGAAAUAUCAAAGUUGCCUGCUUCUCAGAAGAAGAAAAUGAGGCAAAAGCAGAAAAAAGCAGAAGCUCGAGCUAAGAAAGAGGCAGAAGUGAAAAAUGAAGAAUCAAAUUUUAGUGGCGUCUCUAAGUCUGGAAAACGACAUGUCAAACCAGUAGAUCUUGAUCCAAAUGGGGAUAAGUUGUUGCAGGUUGAAGAUCCAUUGUUGGAAGCUACAAAGUACUUGAAGCUGCUUCAGAAGCACUCACCUGAUUCCUUAGAGACACACCUGUUUGCUUUUGAACUAAAUAUGAGAAAACAAAAAAUUUUGCUUGCAUUUCAGGCUUUGAAGCAACUUCUACGGUUGGAUGCUGAAAACCCAGACUCACAUCGCUGCUUGAUAAGAUUUUUCAAUAAAGUGGGGGCUAUGCCUGCUCCAGUGUCUGACACAGAGAAACUCAUUUGGGCUGUCUUAGAAGCAGAGAGACCUACUUUAAGUCAGUUGCAUGAAAAAUCUCUCAUUGAGGCAAACAUCUUUUUCCUUGAAAAGCAUGAAGAUUCCUUGAUGCAUAGAGCAGCAGUAGCGGAUAUGUUAAAUGUUUUGGAUUGUAGCAAGAAGGCUGAGGCUAUCAAAUUAAUAGAAGAUUCAUCCAACAACCUGCUUUCAACAAAUGGAGCACUUGGACCAGUCAGGGAGUGGAAACUCAAAGAUUGCAUUGCAGUUCACGAACUCCUUGGGACAGUUUUGGAUGACCACGAAGCUGCACUCAGAUGGAAGGUGCAAUGUGCUGAGUAUUUCCCAUUUUCCACAUACUUUGAAGGCAAGCACAGCUCUGCCAUCCCAAACUCGGUUUACAACCAGAUACGUAAGAACAACCCUGAAAAUGGAGGAGCAACCAUUUCUUCAAAUGGAAAGCUGGAGAAACAACUAGACAAAUUUCAGGACCUUAUCGUCUGACCAGACAAUUUGAAUGCACUCUUCAUUAAGGUACACGUGGUUUUUACCUUCUUUGGGUGAUAAAAAGUUUCCAACAUGUUCUGUGGAUUAUAAAUAUUCCCAGAUGAAAGGAGUGGAAAGCUGCUCUCUCCAAGGAAGAUCAUUCAAGGGCUUUUUCGCCCAGUUCAACCUACACCCAACCCAAUUCUGGAACGCAUUCCCUUUUGAAAAUGUGUAUAAUUUACGUACAUUGUGUUUCUGAAGUUGUUGAAUACUUUUAUUUACUUGCCUUUUGGUGAGACUGUCAACAAGAGGUUCUAUGGGUUUGCAACACUACGCGACAUUUGAGGUUACUCCAGGUUUGAAGGGACAGAGUGCUAGUUUUAAUUUUUUUUUGGAUUAGUGGUCGAGGACACGAUCAGAACAUACUAUAAUCCCCCAUAGAGUUGAUCUCCAGGGCAUAUGUUGUACUUUGGCCUAUUUGGUUGACCGUUAUUUAUGAUGUAUAAAUGCUAUAAUGUGAAAAAUUUUGGCAUGGAAACAUACAAUAAUCAAUUAAUAUUGCAGCAAUGAUUAGUUUUUGA